UGUUUCCUGAAGCAGAGUGUGCCGCUGCAGGAAGAGGAUGUAUGAGGACAAACUAACAAACUAACAAGCAUCUUUGGGGCUUUUAAAGCAACAUAAGCUGAAUCCGCCGGGCCUCCUGAGUAUGCCCAGGAGCCCCACCUCCAGUGAGGAUGAGAUGGCUCAGAGCUUUUCCGACUACUCCGAUGACUGCGCCUCCGACAGCUCCCGCGAAGAGACCAUUUACGAGACGAUAAAGGCCACGGCCGAGCCCUCGCAGAGCCGCAUGGACGACAUUCACAUAAACUCGCUGGUCGUCCGCGUCCUCAUCCCCGACCUGCAGCAGACGAAAUGCAUGCGGUUCAACCCCAAUGGGACCGUGUGGGUCGCCAAGCAGCGCAUCCUGUGUACACUUAAUCAGAGCCUGAAAGACGUCCUCAACUAUGGCCUGUUCCAGCCAGCGAGCAACGGGAGGGACGGAAAGUUCCUGGAUGAGGAACGCACCCUUCGGGAAUACCCCCAGCCGAUCAGCAAGGGGGUCCCUGCUCUGGAGUUCCGCUACAAGAGCCGAGUUUACAGGCAGCCCAACGUGGACGAGAAGCAGAUCGCCAAACUUCACACGAAGGCCAACCUGAGGAAGUUCAUGGACUUCAUUCAACACAAUCAGGUGGACAAGGUGGGCAGGAUGUUGGACAGAGGCUUCGAUCCAAACUACCAGGACUCAGACACCGGUGAGAGCCCGCUGACGUUCGCCGCUCACCUGGACAACAUGGUGGAGAUGAUCAAAGUCCUGAGGAACGGAGGAGCUCACCUGGACUUCAGAGCCAAAGACGGCAUGACGUCUCUCCACAAAGCCUCACGCUCCAAGAACCAGGUCACUCUGAUGACCCUGCUGGAGCUGGGAGCCUCUCCAGACUACAAGGACAGCCGCGGUCUGACUCCUCUGUAUCACAGCGUGGUGGUGGGGGGAGACCCGGGCUGCUGCGAGCUCCUGCUCAACCACCACGCCUUCGUCUGCUGCCAGGACGAGAACGGCUGGCACGAAGUUCACCAGGCUUGCCGUCACGGACAUGUGCAGCACCUGGAGCAUCUGCUGUUCUACGGAGCAGACAUGAGCGCCCAGAACGCCUCGGGGAACACCGCUCUACACAUCUGUGCCCUCUACAACCAGGAUAACUGUGCCAGAGUGCUGCUUGUCCGCGGAGGCGACAAGGAAGUGAAGAACUACAACAGCCAGAGUCCGUUUCAGGUGGCCAUUAUCGCCGGAAACUUCGAGCUCGCUGAACUCAUUAAGAACCACAAAGAGACAGAUAUAGUGCCUUUCCGUGAGGCUCCAGCCUACUCCAAGCGCCGCCGAGGUCCGCCUGGAAACGACCAGUCCCCCUCCUCGUUAACGGCUCCGCGGGUCCUCCUGCGCUCCAACAGCGACAACAACCUAAACGGUCUCACGCAGCCUGGCUCCGCAGCAUUACAUCGCAGCCUGUCACCCCAGCUGCUCCAGCAGAUGCCCAGCGGCAGCCCCAAUGGCAACGUGGUGGUACGGACCAUGGGGAGGGGGGCGAGGAGCCGGUCUCCCUCCCUCAGCCGGCUGGGGGAGGAGGCCAGACGAGCUCAGCCGUUGUGGGAAGUGUACAGUCCCUUUUUUAAUGGGGCUCACAAAGACAAAUCGUCGUUGUUUGAGGUGGGCCCCAGGAGGAAGCUGUACAGCGCCGUCCCUGGGAGGCAUUUUGUGGUGGUGCGGUCGUACACCGUCCAGACCGAGGGCGAGAUCAACCUGUACAAGGGCGACAGGGUCAAAGACGAGCUCUCCUCCAGCAGCAUGAACCUCCACUCGGGCAGGGCGUCCGUGGCUAUGCUGCGGAUGAUGGGCUGUGCUAACGGGCGCUCUGCUCGGCAUCUCCUCCACAGUGACUGCGUGGUGGACGAGAAGACGGUGGUGCUCCAGAAGAAGGAGAAUGAGGGCUUUGGAUUCGUCCUGCGGGGGGCCAAAGCGGAUACGCCCAUCGAGGAGUUUACUCCCACGCCCGCCUUCCCCGCGCUGCAGUACCUGGAGUCGGUGGAUGAGGGAGGGGUGGCAUGGCAGGCGGGGCUCAGGACGGGGGAUUUCCUCAUCGAGGUGAACCAGGAGAACGUGGUGAAGGUGGGACACCGACAGGUGGUCAACAUGAUCCGCCAGGGAGGAAACCGGCUCCUGAUUAAGGUAGUGACUGUGAGCCGGAAUCUGGACCCUGAGGACACGGCGCGCAAAAAAGCUCCUCCCCCACCAAAGCGAGCCCCCACCACGGCCCUGUCCAUGCGCUCCAAGUCCAUGACGUCUGAACUGGAGGAGCUCGAUAAAGUGGAAGAGAUGACGCACGCCCAGAAGGCCUCGCCUGUCGAUAUGAAGAUCGCCACAAUCAAACCACGCCCGUCCAGUCGCUGUUUGGUGACGCCAACGGAUAUGAACUCCACAUAUCACGACCGCCAGGGAGUCGCAGUGGUGCCACCAACCGUGCCCGGGGCCUUCCUGGGGAUACCUGAGAAGGGCACGAUGAAGAAGCAGAAGUCUAUAGGUGACGAUGACAAACACGGAUUCCUCACACCUCCCUUACUCAAGUUCUCCCGCAGUCUCUCCAUGCCCGACACCUCAGAGGACAUCCCCCCUCCCCCGGCCAUUUCCCCCCCUUCACCACCGGGCUACAACUCCGGCCCUGUAUCCAAGAACUACGGCACCACGCGACCCAGCUUCACCCAGAACUCCCCCAACGCGGUGACGACCAUUAGCCGGGACGUCGGUACGUUAAGGCGUGGAUAUUACCGGCAAAGCUCCGAGCAGUUUGAGAGCACACGCAUACGAGGGCGCACGCCUGUGCCAGAGAACCCUUACUCCGAGGUGGGCAAUAGGAAUCUGUAUAUUCCAGCCAAACCAGCUCGAAGGAAGGGCAUGUUAGUAAAGCAGUCCAACGUUGAGGACAGCCCAGAGAAACAUGUGCCAGUAAGCCCCUCGGGUCCAGUUUCCUUGCCCACUACACCUGUAGAACGAACUUGCUCCUCCAUCCCAAUCCCCACCAUCAUCGUCAAGGAGCCCUCCACCAGCAGCAGCGGCAAGAGCAGCCAGGGUAGCAGCAUGGAGAUCGAGCCCACUACCCCAGAACAUCCACCUCUCACAUCUAAUGUCGGUGGAAUUGGAGGUUUGCGUCCUGAGGAUCCCAUGUCUCUAAGCAAUCCCUUUGCUGCAGCGAUUGCAGGUGCAGUGCGGGACCGGGAGAAGAGGCUAGAGGCGAAAAAGCACUCCAUUGUUUUCCAGUCGAUAGACAUUGGGGAUGACGAAUUCAGUAGUCCAACACCGACCCCUCGCCUUCGCCAGUCGAAGUCCAUCGAUGAAGGCAUGUUCAGUAGCGAUGAGCGACUUCGAAGGAUAUUGGCCCCGCCUCCUGCAGCACAGCUAGGACCUCCUGUCGGGGGCGGGAGUGGAAACAUGACUGACUUCAACACACCUGAGCCAACAGUGGUGAGAGAGCCUUUGAACACCAGGACAGGCCAGUGUCAAAACCUGGACAGUCCUGUGAGCCUCCCAUCCACCCCACCUAAGAGCCACUACCGAGCCAAUGGGACCUACCUCCACCCUGUCACCGGCAAGCCCUUGGACCCUAACUCUCCGCUGGCUCUUGCCCUGGCAGCUCGUGACCGUGCCAUGAAGGAGCAACAAAACCAUCCUCAGAAUCAGACACAAAAUCCUCCUCAGGUUCAGCAAACAUCCAAGCAUGAAGCCCAGUCCCUCCCCAUCCAGUCCAGUCACAAACCAGACCUCAACCAACCGCUGUUCAUUGACACCAAACUACGCUCUGGGAUCGAGACAAGUUUCGCUGCAAUCUCAAGUGCAACGAUGGGCCGGCCUGGCCGUGGCGGUCUGCAGAGACAGAUGACGGAGCAGAAAUACGAGUCUGAUGGUGCACGGGAAGAACGGAAGCAUCAGGCAGUUGAGGAGAGGAAAAGUGCGCCCGCAGAUGUUGCUGACACUUCACAGCCCAAGACCGCUGGGCUGCUGAUGGUCCACACUGAUGCAAAUAACAAGGCGAACAACCAGGAGGUGGAGGGGCAGGACAGCAACAGACCAUCUGAGCUGAAGGACCCCAACCAACCGGAUCCUAUCAAAGCAACCCUGGCCAAUCCCCAGCAGCCCCCUUCCCGGAGGAGGAGCAUUCCUUUGGGCGAGUCGUUGGAUGAACCAGUGAAGCUGCCCUUCAGGAUCCCCCCUCCCCCGCUGGCUUCAGUUGACAUAGAUGAGGAGUUUGAAUUCUCAGACCCGCUCCCGCCACCGCUGGAGUUCGCCAACAGCAUUGACAUACCUGACGACCAGGCUAGUGCCAUUGCAGAGAUGCUUCAUCUUCAGAGACGGAACGGGGGGCCUCCUCUACCCCCGUACCAUGCUCACGCCCCUCCACCUGUGUCCGAUCAGCACAAACGGGUGUCGAACAACAUGCCCCCGUCAUACCCGCCUCCUCCACCUGAUUCGGAGUCAGGGGUGGGUGACUCGGGGAUCGAAGAGGUCGACAGCCGCAGUAGCGGGGAUCCUCAGCACAUGGAGACCACCAGCACCGUUUCCAGCAUUUCCACGCUGUCGUCAGAAGGAGGCUUCUGCGACAGCGCUCUGGAGAGCCUCUAUGCCACCGCAGACGGACACGCUUACCUGGUAGAUCGGCCUCCUGUUCCACCCAAACCCAAGGGCAAGUCCGUCAUCAACAGAACAUCGCUUUAUCAUGACGCUCUCAUCGAGGAGCCCCCGGAGUCCUUUGGGGCGCCGCCUCAGGCUCCUGCCGCUCCAACUUCAUCCUCUGAACCUCCUAGGACUCCUACUCAAAGGACAUCCAAGCUGUGGGGCGAUCAGCCCCCGGAGCUGCGGAGCCCUCCAUCCACACCGGACUCCAAGAACACCGUCAUCACCGAGCUGAGCUCCAUUCUGCAGCAAAUGAACCGCGACAGGCCAGCCAAGCCAGGAGAGAGCCUGGACUCCCCCACGGGCACCAGGGGGGGCUUCGGAACAAGGCCUCCAUCAGAUGACUCAGGAAUGCGUAACAACGCUGCUGCCCUCACCUCCACCCCGCCCAGCAGCCUCCCAUCUCAGACACACCCCUGCAGCCCGCCGGACUCCGCCUCCUCCCUCACCCCCUGCUCCUCACUGCCGCCCUCCGUGUCGCCCACCCUCACUGACGUCUUCGGCCUGCCCACCCCGCCCAUGGGCAGCGGUGGCGGCUACAGCCUGAGCUCCUCGUGCGGCGGCAGCGGCAGCUCGCGCUCCCCGUCACCGCUCACGCUGAUGCAGGCGGUGGCGGCCUCGGGGAAGCCCUUCGCCUCCAAACCCGUGGAGCUGUGGAGCAAACACGACGUGGCCGACUGGCUGGAGAGCCUGAACCUGGGGGAGCACAGGGACGCCUUCCUGGACAAUGAGAUCGAGGGCGCACACCUGCCGUCCCUGCAGAAAGAGGACCUGAUAGACCUGGGCGUGACGAGGGUGGGCCACCGCAUGAACAUCGAGAGGGCCCUCAAGCUGCUGCAGGACAGAUAAGCCCCCCGAGGAGGCAGGUGGUGACGUGUGGAGUCAGGGCCGAGGAGAGGGAGGUGUUACUCUUUUACUCUUCAUCAGACAUUAUCUCAAGUCGUGGAACUGGAUAGAAGUUUUGUCCAAGCUGAUGCUGCCUCUUGCUGUUUUUGUCCUCUCUCAUCCUCGUCGCCCUCAUUCAGUGCUCCGGUCUUGUCCGCCCUCUUCCUCCUCCCCACCGCCCUGAGCACCAGGGAAUCAUGGGAUGUCGGGCGAAACUGUAGGGAAAGAAAGAAGAGAGUAGCUGCUAUGUCACAUCAAGGAGAGCGAAAGCAGAGGAGGCCAGUACAAAGGACUGAAACACAAACUCUGGAAUAGUUUGAACUCAAACACUGGAAGAAAUACUCGUCUGGAAGUUUCUUUCACAAAAAGACUCGUGCUCACUCAACUGCUUUGGAAUACUCAAGACUUUUUCAAUGCACCCCAGUGUGGGUGCAUGAAAACCAGCUGAGCUGGUUGUUGCUCCUUUUCUAUCUUUGCUAGAGUUUGUUCAGAGAAUAAUAUUUCUUCACUAGAGUCCUACCGGAGUUAUAUUUCUGGGUGCAUCUAAGGUUGUAGAGAAAAAUUUGCGAUAGACUCCAUUUUUCUUGCUUUUCACCUGUUUGUGUCAAAUAAGAACAUUAGAUGACAUCUUUAAAGAAAUAUUAAACAAGUUUCAUGACCAUGCACACACACACACACACACACACACACACUACACACAACUUAUGCACAGAGAUUUAAGGAUAACACACUCUGUCUGCACACACAUACACACCCUGAGCAUGUAUACACACACCGAUACUUUGAUGGCCUUCUUCUCCAGAGAGAGAGCAAAGCAUGGAGAGAGGUGGUCACCAGAGGAGGAGCUACCACACCCGCCCGGUGUCCACCUCACCACACCAGGAAGAUCGAGGCGAGGACACGAGGUGUAAGACGGACCGACACGUUGGACCAGUUAAAUCUCACACUGAAACGGUUUAACCAGCUUUCUGUUUGCAAAGGGCAAAACCUGUCCCUCUUGGCUUUUCCUCUAACUUCAGUGUGUUUGUGCGUGCGUGUGUGUUUGUGUGUGCGAGCGUGUGUGUUAACGGUUGACCCAGAAUAUCAAGGCCAGUUUAGCUAUUUCCAUGGAUCUGCUAUAUAGGCCACAGUAUAGGGAAAGUAGAGCUGUUCUUUAUUUUGUACUUUUCUCAUUCUGUCAAACCUCCCUCCACUUCACUUUUAGCAGGUCAACACUCGGUGUUCAUGUGGCCCCACAGUAAUGCUAAUGUAUCAAACACCCUGCGUGUACGUGGUAGAACGUGACGUUGUUUUAAAAAGAGAACUGCAUGGUAUGUUUGAGUGAAUAGUUUGUCUUUCUGGAGAAUAAGCGUAUUGACUUUCUUGCUAGUGAGUUGGAUGAGAGCACUGAUACGUUCAUGUUCAUGCCGAGAGAUGAUUUGCUUUGCACAAAGACCAGAAGUGGGACGCCUGGCUCGGUUUCAGCUUUGGUUUCAUGCAAACAACAAGAGGCUAACCCCUGAAUCCCCAAACCAGUCUGCUUUCAUUUGGCAACACCUGAGAAGGUCUUUAUAAAAAGGGCACAUCCAAAUAAAUACAGAUAAUAACUUGAUAAAACCAUCUCUCCUCAGGGUCCUAUGUUUCUAGGUUCCUAUCAUUCCAGUGUCCUGAGUCCUGGGGUCUAAAUGGUCCUCUGUUCCCGGGGUCCUAUGACCCGAUGGUCCUUUGGUGACAUAGUCACCAAUGCUCGGUGGACCCAGGAGUCAUCAGAGUGAUCCAUGAGAUCUAGGUUCCCAAGGGUCCUCAGGGCUUUGGGUUCCUAACAGUAUGUUACCAGAGUCCUCAGGGUCAUUUGACCGGGGGAUCCUGUAACCCUAGUGUGCUCUGAUACCAAAGUCCAUGGGGUCUGGUGACCGCAGGGUUCUGUGUCAUAGAGUCCAUAGGAUCCUGUGAUAUUAGGGUCCUGUGUUCACCAAAAUCCAUGUUCCCAGAGACUGGGGUCCUAUUUUUCCAAGCACAUAUUUCCUCCGGUCCUAUCUUCCUAGGGUCUUUAGGGUCCUAAGUUCCUUUUUCCAUAAGGUCCCCAGGGUCAGACUUAGAGUCCUCAGGUUCUUCUGUUCCUGGACACUCAUUAUCUCUGAGUCCACAGCGUCAAAUCCUGUAGGAUCCCAUGUCCCUAGACUAUUAGGGUCCCCUAAGUUCUGAUGUUCCCAUGGUUAGAUGUUCUCACCUAUUAUCACCGGGUCCUGUGUUACCAAGGUCGCCAGGGUCUUUUGUUCCCAGAAACCUAUGAUCCAAGGGUCCACAUGGUCCUGUGUUCCUAAGAUCUUAUGUUCCCAGAGCCUUAAGGUCUUAUUUUCUAAAGUUCCUGUUACCCAGGACCUGAUGUUCCCAAAAUCCUCAAGCUCCCAUCUUCCUAAGGUCCUCAGGGUCCCGGAAACCUAUAAUCCCAGGGUCCUAUGCUCCUAGUUUUCUAUGUUGCCGAGAGCCUGGGCAUCCUAUUUUCCAAAGUUUCUAUGUUCCCAAGGGUUCUAGGUGCCCCAGGUUCCCGUGAUCAGAGGUCCCACGGUCCUCUGAAACCCAUGAUCCCAGGGUUCUAAUGGUCCUAUUUUUAAUUGGGUCCUCUGGGUCCUUUAAUUGCUGGGUUCUCUGAUACUUGGGCAUCAGGAUCCCGUUACCCCAGAGUUCCAGUGGUCCUAUCCUGUGGAAGUCCUCAAAGUCCUAUGAUCUCAGGGCCUUAGAAUACAAGGGUCUGAUAGUUUUUGGGUCUCAUGAUCCCAGAGUCUUAAGGGCCCUGUGUCCAAGGUCCUGUGUUCCUUAAGUCCUCAUGAAUUUCCCCAGGGCCCUGUUUUUGUAGGGUUCUUGACCUCAGGAUUCCUUACUCCAAGGACUCUUUGGCACUGAAGUCCUUGGGGUCAUAUGUUCACAGGUCCUUGUGGUUCUAUGAUCCAAGUUCCUGUUCUACAAAGAAGAUAUGAAGGAAACUGCCUCACCUUUUAAAGUAACGUCAACAUCAGCAGGCUGGAAACGAUCAGUGGAACAUAAGUUGAACAUUUGAAGUACAGACCUUUCCUCCGGCUUACAGUCACUGUUCUAACUCCGGGGUGUUCACAUGAACUCUCCCGGUCAGACGAUUGUUUCCGGAUCAUCUUGAAACCACACGAGUGCAGGGUUGGUCUAAGAAGACAGCGCCAGGCUUGUUGUCUUUAUGCUAAGUGAAGCUAAUCAUCUCUUGUCCUUUGUGGUAUCAGUCUUCUCAUCAAACUGUCAUCCAACAAAUCCUGAGUCAAACCCUCGCUCCUUAGCGACCUAAUAUUAAAGAUUGAUCACUCAGGUUGAUAUUUGAAGAACUAAAACUCAACUUUGAGAGAGAUUUACACCUUUUCUAUUUAUCUAAAUGACUACCUGAACAUUUUAUACACUGUUCUUAUCAACCAGAGUGAACAGACUGCUACAGAGAUUCGUUAGCAUCAAGCUAACUGGAGUUUGAACACAACCAUAUUUAAAAUGAAGCAAACAGCCCCAGAUCGAAGCAGCUGUUUGCAGGAGGAGUUCUGUGAUUUCAGAAAGAGACCGACACAGUCUUUAACACGCUGUUUAUCUUUGUAGAAGGCUGGAGACACAAACCUGCGUUAGCAAAGCUUCUGCAGACUGACACUGACGGCCAAUCACAAGAUCGUUUCUUAUUUAUGUGCUGUGGUAGAGCGACUCUGGCCAGACCACGUGAAAUCUUGCAGAACUGUUGACUUUGAGGGGCAGAUGGAGGAUCUGUGGCUUCAGGGUUUUAUGUUGAAUUACAUGAGUCACGCAAGUCGUCCUGCCCGGUCCUGCCCUCUGACCGCUCUGGAAGAAAUAAGCCGAGCAUGAGUCGACAAAGCUGGCAGAUGUUCACCAGCGUGAGCCCUGUGUGAGAUUAGAGAGGGAUAGAAACCGUCUCUGAUCUGCGGCAGACGUAACUAGACGGAGUUUCUUCAAGUCCCAUAUUUUAUUUUCCAGCGUCUGCUGCGGCUCCUGCAAACGAGACCUGGAGUUCAACUUUGUUGUGAGGGUCCAAUUUUAAAACUGAAUCAGCUUUUAUUAAGCUGGACAUGUGUAUGUGUUUGCUAGCAAUGAUUACAGGCUGGUCAGAAGUAGAAGUACAGUUUGUGUUGAAAUGUGUGUAUAUAAGAGUGUUUAACAGGAUAAAAUGUCUAUUUGAUUAAAUGUAUAGCUCUAUUAAGAGAUUAAGAGGUCUAGAGUAAAAUUUUAAUGAAGGAGUUGCCAGAGCUGACCUGAGGACCAAAGCAGUGGUUUCAUCCCCCCCCCAUCAUCCUGCAGAGGAUGCCUUAAAUAGCUCACAGUCCCCUCCUCCUCCUCCACCUCCUGCACCACUGUCGCUCGUACAGCUCGUGUUGUAGAUUCUUUCAGAGCACACCUCACGUGUGGUUGAUAUGUGCUCGACAGUAACCCUACGUCUGGAAGGAUUUUAAACACCUUUAUUUGGUUUCAUAUCACACUCCGCGGCUUCAUGUUGAGGUGGAGACAAAUGAAACAUACACAAGCUCUGUGUUCUGUGAACAUUCAGCUGUACGGAGGCCUGCGCGGGACAAUGCUGCUAUAAUCCUGUUCCAUACUCUAAAAACAAACAGCGACGUGUCGGACGUGGGGUAGAAAAGCACAGUAUUUUUAAAGAUUUGUAUAGAGUUCUAUGAAAUUUUAUAGAGGUUAUCCGAACAAAACACUGACGCGUGGAUUGCCAAAAAAACAGAAAUACUAUAUGGAUAAAAAUGUGAUUAUUAUUAGACUUCUGGGUUAUGUAAGAAGCAAUAUUUAUUCUGAAUGAAUCUCCUUGGUUGUGUUUUAUUUUCCCAUUUUAAAGUUACAUAUCAUGAUGCGUUCACUUGUCAGUGUUUUAAUGAAGUGUUGCCUAAAGUAGAUAAUACUGCAGUUUAGGAUAUUUUGGCCAAUCAAGUGAAACCCAGGUACACAGCGGGCGACGUGGGCGAACGCGCUGAGAGGUUUAAAUUAAGAGAGCGAGCUGCAGAUUCAGAACAAGAAAAGUCUGAACAAGUCCAACGAUGGAAACUGGGUAGAAACAAAGUGCUGCAAGAAGCUGCAACUAAAGCUGUAAAAGGGAACAUGCUGCAGAUACGAUACUGAUGCAAAUCAAAACAACACAAACAAGACAACAAUGCAACAGCAGAACGGCGACCUACGCAGUUAUCACAAUGGACGUGCUCCACGCCUGUAGGGGGCGCUGAAAUAAUCUGGAAUUUGAUGAAACAUCUUGUUUUGAAAUGAAGAGCUCACAGAACCAGCUCAUAACACUAUCUGCAUGGCCACGUGUGCUUAUGAGCUGUCAGAGGUUACUUUAGCAAAGCUACAUGUAAUGGAAGUUCUGAAAACAUGAUGUAGUCUCAACAAAAUCACACAUCCUGGAGGUUUAGGCACAGCGGGGUCGGCCCAAAAAACCUUCACGGUCUCAUAAAUCCUAAAUUUAUUUAGUGUCUUGUCUCAAAACGGCUGCAUAUCCAGUCGUUAACCUGCAGGCCUGUAGGGGGCGCUGAGAGGAACACCAGUGACAGCAUUUCAUGAAUUUGAAGGACACCAACUUAUGUCUCUGAUUUGCCAACGUAGCUGUUGCUGCUUUGAAAUAGUCUCCAAAAAAUACACACUUUACCAAAAUGCAGCGCCCCCUACAGGCCUGGAGCUCAUUUCUUGUGAUUUCUGCAUUUAAAGCUUUUUUCUGCUGCAUUUUUUAACGUGGUUUGUGUGUUUUAGUGUGUCGCGUUGUUAAUGUAUUUGCAGAAUUACUCUUAAAGUAUUUUUUUGCAGCUUUGAGCAGCACUUUUUCAUUCUCAGCACGUUUCUGUCGUAGUUUCUGAGAACGCAGCCACGCCUCCUAGCUGAAAUCUCGUCUCUCAGCACGUUCGCCCUCGUCCGCCGCCGCACAGUUAUCUUCUGACGACCACCAUCUGCCUGACUCUCAUCUCCUGAAAUCCCUGGAUCUAGAGUGUGUGUAUAAAAAAGAGCAAAAAUCUGUAAAUUAAAAAAAAAGAUAUAUAUAUCUGCAGGCCAUCUCGGUAGGAAAUAUAUGAAACUUAUAUAUAUGUAUACAUACAGAAAUCCACCAAAAAGAUUAGAGGUGGCCGUCGGUCACUGACAGUUUUCUCUGUUGUAGAUCUGAGUAGAUGUAGAAGAAUCUUUAAAAGCAUCACUGUGGCGUGGAGCUUCACCAGGCCGUGUUUAGAAACAGGCAUGGCUCACUAACCCACCUCCACCCCCCACCCCCCCUUUUUGAAAACACUGCUCCCACCUUUAUCAUCGUCCAACAUUUGGGUAACUGUUUCUUUUUCUGCUUUUUUUCUUAAUCGAUUCAUUUCUUUUUUUCAUGGAUAGAUUUUAUUCUUUGAUUAAGUCUUCAUAGAGGCUAAGAUGUUUUUUCGGUAAUUCGUGCAGAGACUUGUGUUCAUGUUUUCUAUGUUGCUGUAAUUUUGUGCUACUGAAUCAUCAUAGAGUCAACUAAUUACUGAAAUGAAAAGAGAGAGAAUUUUCCUGUAACUGCACUCUUCCUCC